GCAGGACACUGUAUUAUUGACGUUGUCCACAUUGACAAUUCGUGUUGACAUUCAGCCGGUUAGUUUGGCCACGUAAAACUCACCUUAUUAAAAAUGGCCGAAGUUGAAAAGUUAACUCGAUAUGUAUCGCCAAUCAACCCAGCAGUGUUUCCCCAUCUCACAAUCGUUUUAUUGGGAAUAGGCAUAUUUUUCACUGCCUGGUUUUUCGUUUAUGAAGUUACAAGCACGAAGAAAACAAGAAGUUUGAGGAAAGAAAUUCUGGUAUCGUUUGUUGCUUCACUUUUCUCAGGAUUUGGCAUACUAUUUCUAUUGUUAUCCGUGGGGAUAUAUGUGUAGAUUUAGUUUGUAUAUUUUUGUACUGAUUUAAUGUUAAGAAUAUAUUUUUAAUUAUAUGAAUUAUAA